UGUUGAGUACCGGAGAGCAGACACCAAAAACAGAGAUGGGGGAGGGGGUUAGCAGCAGUAGAUCCACCGUGUUUUGUUGGUGUUUGAGUAAAUGUGUUGAGGAUUGUGCAUCAAGUAAGCGAUUUUAGAGAAAUAGUGUUCGCAACAUAGUGCACCAUUUUUCUAGUGUCUGUAGCAAUAACGAACAGAUAGUAGCGGUAGCAAUCAUGGCUACUUCAGAUGAAAAACCCGUAAAGAUGACGCAGGAGAAAAUAAUGGAAGGUUUCCAAGCGCUUCGCAAUGAACAACGGCAUUUGACGUUGAAACUGUUCGAAUUCGAGCAAGAUUUGAAUGACCAUAAUAUGGUGAUAGCAACAUUGGAAAAGGUGAAUCCCGGACGACGAUGCUUCCGAAUGGUGGGUGAUACACUUGUAGAAAGAAACGUUAAGGAGAUUUUACCUGCUGUGCGCCAGAACCGCGAUCAGUUAAGUAAUCUAGUCGAGGAAUAUAACAAACGGAUUGUCGAUAAAGGCAAGGAGAUCAACUCAUAUCGGGAGCAAUAUGGUAUCGAAAUCCGACAGGAAGGUCCGGGUGGGGCAAGCGUUGGAGCACGCCCCGAGAGAUCUGACUCUUCUAGCCUGCCGAGCAAAGGAUCUAGCAACUCAGUGCUAGUAGAGGGAAAAUAAGUAGAUUUGACAAAAAAAACAUUGCUCCAGCUUAUUACAUAUUACUAUCAAUGCUGUCACCCGCAUGGACCGGCAACAAUAUUUAAGCCUACUGUAAUGUAAAUAAACACUACUAUCUACAACUAAUUCCUUUA